GCGUCUACAGCCAACGAAUCCACGGAUCCUAUCAUUAACGCGGAGCGUCAAACCUCCUUUAUUGAGCGACUAAUGGGUUAAAGGGGCAUUGAAGCUAUCUCGGUGUUAGACCUUGGCGUCAAAUUUUACUCCUGCUCCGCUUCGAACCGGAUGUUCGCGGCGCACUCGGCUUUAUACAACGACUUCUUGUGAGCUAAAGUCCGAGCUGGUUGCAUGAAGGACUCCACAUCGAAUUGGUUAUGAUGAAAGCGCGCACUCGAGUCCUGACCAAAGGCCAGUCAAGUGGUGGCUGUGUUACGUGCAAAUCCCGCAAAGUCAAAUGCGACGAAAUUAAACCACAAUGCCUUCGGUGCUUUCAAUCCCGGAUACAAUGCGGAGGCUAUUCACCAAAGGGCAUGCUGCCAGGCGAUAACAACAUCAAUACUUCUGGCGCUGUUUUGGCUGCUUCAUCCCAAGACCCAAAUAAUUCAACAGCGUUCAAAGCCCAUCUUGAUCCAGCCUUACUAUCUCAUAUCGGAUUGAACAGUCUUCUGGAGUUUGAUGACGCUUUUUGUCCUGUUGGUCAAAAAGCAUGGAAGCAUGUACUUGAACGUUAUGCCAACGCUUCUCCUGGCGCAAAAGCUGCCUGCAUAGUGUAUGGCGCGGCAAAAGAGCUGCAAGUCCUGUCGCAUGACGUACUGUCUCAUCUCGAAGACAUAUACUCCCAGUACUACGGGUCGGCUGUGUCGCUGCUACGAAAUGAUGUGGAGGAUCUUGCUACACGCCUCCCAUCGGUUUUUACCACUUGUCUGGUACUGUGCUCCGUUGAACUGCUAUUUCGUCGAAGGCAGAAUGCUCUGAAGCAUAUCAACGCAGUGUUUCAGAUGGUUUACACAGAGUGCCACUUCUUAUCCUCGCCGUCAACAGAUACCAACCCCUACCCCGAUGCGAUGAAGUUACACCCUGAAAUCGCUUCAGAUUUCCAUCUUCUACUUCACGUCAUUGACAUUCAGAUACUCUCAUACACAAACGGCACUCGGUUGGCAUCAAUGGAAGUAUGCCCAUUAGAUGCUCUCGAACGGUACAUAUUAGCGCAGGAUGUCGAUUUGUUGGCCGAGGGAGAUAUCAUACAUGUCAUUCACGCUUCGUAUGCUUUCGUUGCGGAAACUGCUCGUAAUGCAGCUGGUACUUCCGCAGGAAAGUUGGUUCAAGAUAAAAAUCGCCUGCUCAACAUGUUGCAGCAGGGAAAUUCCCUCCUCGACUCUUUGUUACUUGAUAAAGCAUCACUCCCACGAUACACAAGUCGGAGAAUCCUAAGGAGCUUUUGUCUAGCUCUCUCCGCUCUUCUCGCAAACCUUUUCUGUUUAUACGAGGAGGCAUGGACCUUGGAGAGCAUGAAAUUCGAGCAUAUCAUCACUUCUGCGGAGGAGCUGCUGGCCUCAAGUAAUCUUGAGAGCCGUAGCACUCGUGGACGUCAGGAAAUCAGGUUCGUGCCUCAACUAGGGAUCAUCCCUCCGCUAUAUCUUGCUGCACUCAAACAUCGGAACUCGGCAUGGAGGCGAAGAGCGAUCAACUGCCUUCGCCAGGCAGGAAUCGAAGGUCCGUGGAAUGGUGCCAUGUCCGCUGCAUUAGCUGAACGAUGCAUGGAAAUUGAAGAAUCAACUCCCGAUCAGAUUCCCUCUGAGAAAUCAAUGGUCAGUUUAUGCUUUGCCAUGGACGACAAUGGAGAGAACGACGGAAGGCUGUGGCCGUCUUCAGCAUAUGGCAGUACAACGAUGAAAAUCAUCCGUCGUCUUCAGCCUGCUGCUGUUGUGGACGCGUUGCUUCCCUCGUCAGCGCACUUCAAAGCCUUAUCGGUAGACGCACGUCAUUCUUUGGAUCCGAAAGUGUGGGAACACUGGCAAAAGCGGAUCGAAUUUGGCCCGACAGGAUACAUAUUGGGGUAGAGUGUAAUGGAGACAACAACGUCAGCCUUGACAAAUUCC